AUGAAAACUGCUGCAGGCCAAGAGGGCUGUUUCAGACGCAGAACCGGGUUCCUGGGCCCUCCCGGAGCACUGGCCCAGGGCAGAGUGAGGAUGUGGCUGGAGGGCCGCAGUCGUCCCAUGGAUGUGCGGCCGCCCCUGUUCACUUCUGUCUCCCGGCCCCAGACUGGGUUGGAGGCCCACAGACACGCGGCCGCCCCUGUUCACUUCUGUCUCCUGGCCCCAGACGGGGUUGGAGGCCCACGGACAUGCGGCUGCCCCUGUUCACUUCUGUCUCCUGGCCCCAGACAGGGCUGGAGGCCCACAGACACGCGGCCGCCCCUGUUCACUUCUGUCUCCUGGCCCCAGACGGGGCUGGAGGCCCACGGACACGCGGCCGCCCCCGUUCACUUCUGUCUCCUGGCCCCAAACAGCAUCAGAGGCUCACACAGCAGCCCUGCCACCCUGUUCCACACAGUCAAGAGUUUGAAAAGAGUCAGUAAUGAGAAUGUUUUGGAUAAAUGA